AUGCUCCGCAGCGUCGUUACACAUAAUUUGCCUCAUUUUGCUUUAGUGAACCUCAAGUUUUUGUUGUACUAUAUUCAUUUCACGAAAGAGGCUUCUGAAAUAUCCACCGCUGUGAAUAUGCUGAAAGUUACGUUACGAAAGAUGGCAGAUGGUGGAGUACACGAUCACAUUUUUGGGGGCUUUCAUCGUUAUUCGGUCGACAAAAAGUGGCACGUGCCGCAUUUUGAGAAGAUGUUGUAUGACCAGGCUCAGCUCGCAGAAGUUUAUGCAUUGUUCCACGCGGUGAACCAUGAACAGUUGGAUGCCUCGACUGUUCGUGAUAUUCUUGCCUACGUAGAAGAGAGACUGCUCUCAACUGUUGGUGGUUUCUUCAGUUCGGAAGAUGCCGAAUCGCCGUUGGAACCUGGUGCUGAAAAUCAAGAGGGUACCUUCUACUGCUGGAAAUACCAUGAAGUUGUCGAGUUGCUGGCAGAAAAGAUAGGCGAAUGUGCAGUUUCUAUCGCAGAUGUGUUUCUGCACCACUACAGCAUCACAGCCGAUGGAAAUAUUCCUUCAAAUCUGGACCCUCAUGGAUAUCUUGGAGGAAAAAACAUUCUUAUUUGCUUAACGGAUAUUGAGCAGACCGCCAAGCUCUUUGGUCUGCCUGUUUCUGUUGCCUCUGAUGCGCUGGAGAAGGGAAGGCAAAUUCUGAAGGCCAGUCGGAAAACGUUUCCUAGGCCUAGCCUGGAUACGAAAAUCAUCACCGCCUGGAAUGGUUUGAUGAUCAGCGGAUACGCUGUAGCUGCUCGACUGCUGAAUGAUCCUUCGUACCUGGAGACCGCGCUUAAAACUGCGGAAUUUCUGUUACAUCACUGCUAUUCUGAAACUUCUCUUGAACUGCAGCGACUGUGUUACGUUGAUGACACUUGCAAAAUCAUCGAAUCAUCACAAAAUACCAAUGGCUUUGCCGAAGACUACGUAUCGGUCAUCGCUGCUUUUCUGGAUUUGUACGAAAGCUCAUAUGAUGACCGUUGGAUUUCGCUCGCCAAUCGGCUACAGGACAAAAUGGACGCUUUGUUUUAUGAUCCUGACUCUGGAUCGUACUUCAUCAAUCGCGCAGUCAACGACAGCUGUAUGCUGCGAGUUCAAGAUGAAAACGACGGAGCCACACCAUCGGUCAAUUCAUUGGCGGCGUUGAAUCUCGCUCGUUUGUACAACAUUUUGGGCAAUGAAGCCCUGCGGUCAAAACUCGAGCGGUUGUUAAAGUUCUUCGGCGCAGAAAUGUCCACCACACCCUUCGCCGUCCCUUUGAUGACCUGUGCACUCAUGCUGUUUCUGAAGCCAGCAAAGCAAGUAUGCACAGUCACGUGACA